AUGGUGGACAUGGGAUCGCAGACGUUGUUUUACUUUGUCUUGGUGUGUGCGCUGUCUCCGGCUUCGGCUACCUCGCUGGAGAGUUUUAUUAGUGAGAUAGAUCCAUGCGAGGAGGUCUGCCAUAAAACCUACCCACUGCAUACUUACGAGAAGAGUCUACCCGGCGGUUGCUGUAGCAGAGGAUGUCGUCUGUACUCCAUCCUUGAAUUUCUUGGAGAGAGAGAUAGUGUUGGUGGUACACUCAAGACCUGUCAUGACAAUUGCCAGGAAGCAUACCCGAAGCACGCAGAAGAGAUGUCAGCAUGUUUAUUGGGAUGUAACAGCCAAAAACCUUUCAGGAACAACUUUGGGCAGACUGGCUUUGACUCCAAGAUUGCAACAGAUGGGAUGCUGAUGAUGCCCAACCCCUUCCUGUACAUGCACAACAUCUACAAUGGCAUGCUGAGUCAGGUGAAGCAGCACGUGUCUAUAUCCUGGUCCAUGUUUGUGCAAGAUGGCUCAGGCAAGAUGGUCAUUGCCAAGUCCAAGCCACAAGUGUUUGACCUAGAUUUGCAAGGUGAGGGUCAGCCUGCCAGCUUGGGAACCAGCUCUGUGAUGGAAACCAACAUAGAACCAGCGGGAAGUGUGGCCACAGAGAUGUCCAAGCACUCACAGCUCAAGUCAGCAACCAGUGCCCAGGAUGAAUUCAGUGCUGCCAAGAUCAGCCCCUUUUUUGGAAGCUGGGAUGACAGAAACAGCAACGACUUGCUGACGUGUAUUGCCCGUAAAACUGGCAUGCCCCGUCUGAUUCUCACCAUCAUCAUGUUGCUCAGUGCCAUAGCCCUCAUCUGGUUGUGUUUGUCCGCUGCGGUUACAGCCCCAGAUAUGAGAAGUUCACAGAAACUGAGUAUCCGCAGUGACCUGGAUUACCUGCAGCUGCUGCCAGAUAAAGGAACUAAAGGCGUUCUCCCACAGGAUGUUGUCGAUGCUCGGCUGCUACCAUCCAAGUUGCUGGUAGAGCAGGUUUAG